AUGAAUGCAUUGAUUUAUCCUGCAUCGCGAACACACACGUCCGUAACUGUCAUUCGUCUUCUUCUUCUACAUACGUACGCACCUGCAUUUCAGGAUGUCCGCGACAACCAGCAAGUGUUUGUGCUGGGAAUAUUCGACUCCGACGAUUCAAUAGCGGCACAGAAAUACCGUGAUGCGGGGAAGAAAUUUCAGAAACCACGUUUCUACUACACCACCGAACAAACCGUGGCUGAUGAGGUGGGUGCAAUUGGAACGGGGGGCAUAUCCAUUGUAAAGCAAUACGACGAUCUACGCACACCCUUUGAAGGCCGCGAUAAAUGGUCUACAAAGGAUCUGAUGGACUUUAUUGAGGCCAGUUGGGCGCCCACAGUCAUUGAGUACACGGACGAGAGCGCACACGCUAUUUUUAAAUCGAAUUUGAAGACACAAUGUCUACUCUUCGCUUCACGCAAGAAUUUGGAGGGUUUCCAAGAGUGCUUCUCAAGAAUUGCUAAUGAGCACAAAGACGAGAUUCUCUUCAUUUCUGUGGCUGUGGAUGACACCGAGCUGGGUGUGGGGAGUAUUGUAGACUACUAUGCCAUCAAGGGAGAGGAUCCCACAUUGCGCAUUGUGAACGGCGACAGCAAGCAGAGAUACAUCCCAGACGUGACUUUGACGUGUGAGACCAUGGAGAACUUCGUUGUUGACUACCUCAACGGGGAGGUGCAGUCAGAGUGCGAGAAGCCACCCCCAGGAUGGGAUCAGCAGCCGGUGAAAGUCCUAAAUGAUGCGAACUACUACGAGGUCGCACACGACAAGUCCACAUACUCAUUUGUCUUCUUCUACGCCCUCUGGGAUCCCAAAAGCAAAGGAUUUCAGGGCAAAUGGGAGAUUCUGGCCGAAUACUUUGAGGGCGAUGAGGAGAUAGUGCUUGCUAAGAUGGACUAUUCGAAUAGCGCGAUAGAAGACUAUCCUGUGAGACAGUUCCCUACACUUGUGCUGUUUGGCAAGGACACUAAUGCGUACUACGAGUAUGCAGGAAAAAGGGACUUGGGACAUUUGAAGAAAUGGAUUGCAGAGGUGCGUAAGGGCGCUAUCGAGGAGACUACCCCCGUUAAACCACAGGGAAAGAAGCAACCAGACACGGCCGAAACAGAUCCCAACCCCACGGAGGAGAACAACGUGAGGGAUGAAGGCCAGCACACGGCACAACACGCAGAGCUAUAAGCAAUCUCUUCCAAUCGUGAUAGGGCCAAUGGGCUAUCAUAGGCCCCGAUCAUCGAAAUGAUUGGAGAUUGUUGUUGGCGUCCCUGUAAGUACACCUAUAGGUCUACAAGGGGGUUUAGUUUGAUGGCACGGGGUAGUUCAACAGCUGUCCAUGGCAAAGGAACCAGCCUGCGCUAUGUAUGUUGCGGUCUAAUUGCGUAUCGUAUUUGGACGCGUCACUCCGUCCGAAUUCUGUUCUGUGUUUGUGUUGAUGCAUGAUUUGGCAUGUCUCAAGGCAUGAGCUUGCAAGAGCCUGUAUAAUACUCAUAUGGCUGGUUGGGAUGUCUCACGCACCCUGCCCGUUAAGGAAUGAAGUUUAAUAUUUGGACCAGGACCACAGGCGCCAGAGAUGAGCCCAGCACCAAAAAUACGGGCACAGGUAUAGGGUAUAAUUCAUACCGUAGCAACUCAAGACGAGCGUACCCUUGCCAGUGAACAACAAUCCUAGUAUUAAACCGUGCAAAGCAGCACAAGCCAAGUCUCUUUUGCCUAAUGAGUAGCGUGCGGAAACCGUGUGGGCGUGCUGAGCAUCGAUAUCUACAGUGUAGCGGAGAAUUAAAAGUGCAACCAACACAUGAUCCGAUUGUUUACGCUGACAUAGUGAAGUCUGGUCUUUUUGAGCGGUCCCCAAACCCAACCCCAACUCACUGCACGGCAGGAAGAUAACCAAUCGGUGACAAAAAGACGUUUUGUAGUGCGGUACUUCAAUGGCUCAAAUGCGCAUCCAUA